CUGAUACGAGCAAAUAAACAUCAUGAUGCUUCACUGCUGGUAUUGUUUCUUAAAAUGCUUUUCAGAUUAAGAGUAAAGAAGUCUCGUCAAAUGUUCUAUAUCCAGAUCCUUUAUCAGAUGAUGAGUCUGAAGAUACUACAAACACUGCGACAACCUCAAUAGAACCUGAAGUAUGGCAAUCGGGUAAACUUGGCGAACAAGCAGAUGAUGGUUCAAACAAAUUAUCAAACAAAUCACUGAACAAAGUCAAUACUUAUCGUUUAAAUGCAAAUCAUCAAUUUUUAAUACUUGUCGAUCCUAUAGCUAAACAAGAACAAACCUGUGAAGAUCGUUUGUUAGAAGCACGUAUCAUGUUGGAACGAACUAUUAUCACAUGGGCAAAGCCUUCUUCACGUGCCGCGUCCGAGGGUGGGUCAACAAAAGCAAGCAGUCAAUCCCUAACAGGUAAACGAAAACAGAUGAAGGAAAAGGUACAAAAGUCGGUCAGUGCAGAAAAUCUACCGUUCCCAUCAACAUCAAUUACUGCAAGACCAUCUGUUGCACUGCCAUCAUUAGACGAUGGACUUAUUGGACAGACGCUGAGAAGACAACUCGACUAUAUUCACAUUCACAAGUUAUGAAAGAAUUAGGUGUUAAAGAUUCAUCACUAUUGACUCAACGAAAAGAUAUUAAUGAAAAUCUGGUAGUUGAUAAAGAUAUCAAUUUAUUACAAACUAUAUCACAAGAAGAUAACAAUUCAGCUAGUCAAACAACUGCAAGAGUGCCAAUAUGUGGAAUAGUUGCAGGCGGGAAUAAUGCUACUAUGGAUCAGAUUUAUGCCUCAGUUAAACUGAAUCGUUGUCCAAUGGUACUCGUUAGAGGAACUGGAGGUGUUGCUGAUAUUCUGUCGAAUGUUCUGGAUUUUAUGAGCUUUAAAAGUUCACUCGAAGAAACUGUCAUCACUGAUCAAGAAAUUGACUAUAAAAUAGCAAGUAUUAUACAAGAGGUUAAAGAAGAUGCUCAUCGAAAUAGACGUGGUAGACCAUUGAAAAAGUUGGAUAAAUCAACAAAGUCUGGAAAUAAGCCAACAAAUUCAACAUUAAAUCUACCAAAUGAUUCACAUAAACAGACAACUGGUACAACAGAUCAACUAACCAACACUACAAUCAAUAUUCAAGAAUAUGAAUCUCAAAUACAUCGUUUAAAAGAAUUAGCAGAUGAUUAUGCACACUUAUUUUCUGUAUUUGAGUGUGAUGAUAUCGAUUUAGAUGGUUAUAUGAUAUCAGCUUUAUUAAGCAGUGCUGGAAUUGACAGACCAAAGAAUGAAUUAAAUUUGGACCAACUGGAAAUCACUAUACGACUAAAUCGAGCAGAUAUUGCGCGUACAAAGAUAUUUCUUGAAGGGAAAAGAUGGAAAAAGGGUGAUUUAAAUGAAUUCAUGUUCAAUGUUAUACUGAAUGAACAAACAGAUUUUGUUCGAUUAAUACUGGAAAAUGGAUUUAAUUUAGAUGAAUUCCUGACUGUACACACAUUGGAAAGAUUGUAUACAGAAUGCUUAAAAAAGACUGAUUAUAAAUCAAGAUUAUUGCAACAAUUAUGGAAAAGUGCAAGAAUUUAUAAAAUGGAUUGGGUGAUGCUUAGAGAUAUUGGUAGAAUUAUUAAAAAUCUUCUUGGUGAUUUCUAUCAUCCAUUCUACUUAUCUAAGCGUUUUCAAAAGUCUGUUGUAGAACACGGUUAUUGUGAUUCAAGUGAAGAAGAUGAGACUAAUCGUCAGUAUGAAUUUGAUGGGGAACACGAUAAACCGGCAGGCAAAGUGAUUGCAUCAACAUCAACAUUGAAAGCAGUUGAUCCUAUACCUAUAUCAUUUAAUGCUGAUGAAGAGCAGGACGUGUCUGAGGUUGAAAAAUUAUUGGAUCAAAAGGAAGAGAAUGACAACGAAGAACAAAAGCAAGAGAGUGACACUCAGUUGAAGCGCAAACUAAAACAGGCAAAACAUCUUGCCGAAUCGAAGGAUAAGAGUGGAAAACAAUCAGUUAACGUGAAGUCUGAAGAAACAGAAGAUCGUACAAGUUUUACUUCAUCAUCAAAUGCUUCUUCAGAAACAAGAUUAAUCAAAUCUAGAACAAGAUCACCAGAAAAAUCAAAGCGAUCUAAAAGUAAAGAGUCAAGAACAGAAGGUAAAUCACAUCAGGUAUCAGCUACACCAUUGUCACUGACAGGUGGACGAAGAUGUAUUGUGAAACCAGUUCCAGGUUUGAAUAAUACAAGUGGUUAUUUAGAUCCAAAUGGGUAUACAAACAAUAGAAAUACUCCUGUAAAUGGAAAACUCAUCGGUCAAAAACGUCUCAUAACUGCACUUCAUCAGGAUGGAUCAAACACUUUUGUACCAAAAGCUCAAGAAGAUGUAUUUUCUGAUGUAAAAAGUUUUAAUUCUAAAAAGAAAUCCCAAAAUAGAAUAACAAACAAAGAAUCAAACAAGAUGAAUAUAGAGAAUUGUUCCAGUCAAGACAGUGCUCCUGUCAAUAUAACAGUUCAAUCGAAUUCAUCAACUCACUCUAGUAAAUCUGAAAUGUCAAUAAUUCUUGAACCUAUUACAAGAAGUGAUCUUUUUAUGGAUCAACAUCUUCAACAACCACAACAGUCAAUGAGUAGUCUGAAUCAGACAACAAGUUUAAGUAAACAGCAACAAAUAUCAUCAAGUAGAUACAAUCAAAUUCCUGUCCAACGUGUUGCACAUUCAAUUCUACAUCCAUUAACUGAUCCAGAGAAAGCACGUCUAAGGCUUAGGGAAAUAGAACGACAAGGGUUGGAACGUAAACGUGAAAAAGAACGUAAACGAAGGCAUAGAAUAGCACAAGAAAAGUUCACAAUUAUGGAACGUUUAACUGGUCAAGCUAAAACUGAAAGACUUGAAGAACUGAAGCCAUCCAAACUUGCCAAUUUUAGGCACACAAGUACAGUGAAAUUUGACAGACCUGCCAGAGAAUUAAUGAUCAUGUGUAUACUACUUGGAAGAUUUGAAAUGGCUGAAAUAUUUUGGAAUCAAGAGAAGGAACCUAUUGCUGCUGCACUCGUUUUAUCUAUUAUAAUCGCUGAAUUAGGUCAGAGGUCAGAUGAUGUUGCAAAUAAAGAUGAAUAUGAAGAGAAUGCCCGUUCAUUCGAAGAAAAAGCUGAUCAAGUUCUCGAAGAGUGUUAUCAAGAAGAUCGUGGACGUACAUUAGUUCUUUUGUACAGAAAAUUAGAAUUCUAUGGAAACACUUCAGUGAUACGUUUAGCUGCACGUGGCAAAUGUAUACGAUUUAUGGCUAAUCCAUGUUGUCAAGAUUUAUUAUCAGGUGUAUGGUCAGGGAAUUUAUCACCUAAGAAUACUUGGUUACAAUUAUUCCCUGCUAUUUUAAUGGGAAUGUCAUUGCCGAUUGUAAUUCCUCAAUUUAUAAAAUAUUCACACUCAUUUGAAAAUGGAGAUUCGCCUACAAAUCAGGCGAAACAUGAUCAAGAUGAGAAUAAAUCCAGGCAAGAAAUUGAACAUUUAUUACAUGCUUCACGUAAAUCAGUUGGUUCAGAUCAACCACUUACAUAUACAUCACGAAUCAGCAAUCAGAUUGAAAGGAUUAAAAUAUUUUAUCAAGCUCCUAUAAUACGUUUCCUCUAUAAUACGAUAUUCUACUUGCUAUUUCUUAUUGUGUUUAGUAAAACAUUACUGACAUCAUUAACACUAAGUUUCUCAUAUUUGGAUAUUUUUAUUACAUUAAUGGUUGGAUCUUUUCUGUGUGAAGAGCUAAAACAGGCACUUGGUCCAGGCUCAAGUUUGAAGGAAUAUAUCAGUGAUGGAUGGAAUAAACUAGACUGUCUUGCAAUCAGUCUUUACAUAAUUGGUUUAAGCGUUAAAAUUCAUGCAUAUCAAAGUUUAAUACAUGAACAAUUAUCGGAACUUGAGACAAAUAAAUUAAUGCAAACAUUCAAUCUGUCAUCAGUAGCAUUAUAUAAUCAAACAAAUCUCUAUGAAUUAUUGAACACAUGUUAUAUUGAUCAAUGUAACAUAACAAAUAUUUCAGUGAAUUUAUCUGUUGAACAAAUUGAAAUCUAUGAGUCUGUUAUGCGAAUUAAAGAGUUGCCAAUGUUUAGUGGAUCUGGACAUUCAUUAAGUAUUUGGAGUCCAGAUUUACCAUUCUAUAUACUAUCUGAUGAUUUAUUUACUAUUUCACGUAUAUUUUUCGCCUUUAGCCUAUUUGCAUUUUAUGUACGAUUGAUGUAUAUCUUUAGUUUCAGUAUUGUACUUGGACCGAAACUAAUUAUGAUCAACAGAAUGGUGGUUCAUGACCUUCUGCCAUUUUUACUUAUCCUACUGGUAUGUCAAAUUGGAUACGGUAUUGCAUUUCAGUCGAUUUCAUUUGCUAAUGGUUACUACAGUGAUUAUGAGCAAGAUAAAAUGACUUUAAAUUCAGUCUAUAUAUCUAAACCAGGAAUUCGUAGUCUCUAUGAUGUAAUGAUAACAUCAUACUUUCAAAUGUUGGGUGAAUUUCGUUUGGAUGAUUUAGCUGGAGAUGGUUCCUCAUGUCGUGACAAUGGAAUGUGUCCACAGACUUCUUCACGUCGGUUAACAAUAAUCAUGCUAAGUGCAUACAUCUUGUUAACACAAGUGCUUAUGUUUAAUUUGUUGGUAGCAACGUUCACUUCGACAUAUAAUGAAAUUGAAGGAUCUGCUCAAUACUUUUGGUGUUAUCAACGUUAUGAAAUGAUACAAGAAUUUGUUGAUAGACCAUCUGUUGCCCCACCAUUCAUGUUGAUCUGGUAUUCAGUAGAAUUUACUGGAUUUCUAUUCAAUCUCAUCGGUAGUGCUGUAUUUGAUUGUGCAUUCGAAGAGAUCAAGGAUGACGAUCCUUUCUGUCGAAGUUUACACACCAAUCCAACAUUGGAUAGAAAACUUACCAAAUGGGAACAUAUGAUGGGUACUCGACGCAUUAAAGCCGAUACAGAUGUUGGCGGUGGUCGUAAAUGGACAGGAAGAUCACGUAGUGAUACUCAUGCAAUCGUCUUAAGAUCUGUAGCAACUGGAGGUGUUGCAGCCGGUAAAGGUUUAGUUUCAGGUGGUACUAGUGGUCAUGGAGAUGUCGCUGGGGAACCAGGAUCUUUAUUAGAAGGGAUUGGACCUAUAUUUGGUCCAGAAACUGAAUUUAUUGAAGAUAGAUUUUAUGAAUUGGGUAAUCAAAUUGGCAAACUUUCAAAUUUUGAAGAACGUUUAGGAAAACUGAUUCAAGGUGCAAAUCGUGUAAUGUCUAUAUUAAAAGAUAUAAAUGAACAGCAGAAGGAGGUAAUAAAGUGUCUAAAUCCAUCCAAUGGUAAACGUCUUGUUGGUUGGGGUAAACGAGAUGGUGUGAAUAAAUGUAAAGAAGACAAUGAAAACUUAUUGGUGAAGGCAGUUUGUGCAGCUGUCACCGGUCUUGAUUCACAUUGUACCAUUAUUGAAGAGAAGAUUGAAGAGAAACUUAGAAUUGAAGAGCAGUGUAUCAAAGCUAUUUUGACCAGGAGUAAUGGCGAGGAACCGGAGGCGGAUAUCGUUUUAACACCGCAAAAAGGACCACCAUCACGUGGACCUCGUGCAGCACCAGCUUCAGGAAAAAUUUACGAACGUCUUAUCUUAAGUCAUCGAUUAUGGCGUAUUGUGCCGUUCAAUUUUGAAAUUUAUCCGGGGAUUCGAAUGAAUGUACCCCCAGAUAAAAUUAACUGGAAGAUUCCCUAUGAUACCUAUAGAACAUUUACAGUAACAGAUGAUAGAAUUGCUCUGCCAUAUCCGGAGGUAGAAGAUGGACCAGAUGUUUUACCACAAACACUCCCAUACAAUGGAUAUGAUAAUACCAAAGGUGUAAGUCGAAUGUCAUUGCGUGGCAGAGUACGCUUAGUUCGACAGACCGAUCAUAUCACUGAUCCGAGGACAACUAAUAUCACUUCAACAACUGCGCCAACUAAAGCAGCCGCUAAAUUAUCAGAAUACAUCCCUGUUGGCUAUCCACUAAAUCCAUGUGGACGUACUGGCUUAGCUGGUAAAGGCUUAUUACCUCACUGGGGACCGAAUCAUGCAAUCAUAAUUGCAAUUACACGACCGGACCCUCUCAAUGGAAGGUAUGAAAAUUUGCCAAUUAUGCAAGUUGGUUUACUGCAUAAUAAUCAACAAUUAUGCUUACCAUGGUACUUAACUGAUCAUCGACAGGAUUGUGAUUUUCAAGACUGUAGUGCAAAUGUGAUUCGAGUAUUUAUUCAACGACGUUUGAUAAAUUUAUUCAAUGACAAACAACAGCUUCAGUUAAUGCUUAUAAGUUUGAAGGCUGCAAGCGUUUCUAUUGCUUAUACUGGUUAUAUCACUGAUCAUUUGAAUGCUGAUCAUGCAUGGAUUGAAGGAGUUCUUUUCAAUAUACAUGAAAAUGAAGAACAUCCAUUUGAAAAGGACUUCUUAAAGGUUUUUUUAGAAUCUGAAUCUACCGAACAAGUCGCCUGGGUUAAUAUUGGCCGUUUAACUGGAAUACGUUCAAGUCAUGAUGAAUUACUUGCUAGAAUUGCACUACAUCGUGGUGCAUUUUAUAGUGAAGCAUUAGCCAGAAGACAACUAAAUCCAUCACAAUGAUACUUUCGGUUCAAUGUUAUCAAUAAAUAUUUGUUUAAAUUGACCUUUAUAUGUUGACUAAUUUUUAUUUCCAAAUGUUUAAUAUGGUUUUACAAAAAGUUGACCGGUGUUAAACAUGAAUUCAGAUUCUAACGAAUUUGAACUGAUAGUCUGUAGACAGGUGUCAUGAUAUUCAGCUAGCUAACUUAACUGACAUGACAUCUGAUGGGAUUUCAAUUCUGUAGACAGAUAAGUUGACCAGACAUGUAAAAUGUCACCACUCGC